CUUCCCUACACCAACCCGAAAUGGUUUCAAGAAAUUAUAGGCCAAGUAUGGAAAAGUCUAGUAUUGAUUUGAAUCGUGAAACAUCAUCGACAUCUGUCUCUGAAACCCAACCUGAACAUGGUGUUGAAGGGUUGGAAAAUGUAGUUCUACACAAUGAAGAUGAAUCAAGGCAUAAAUGUAAAGUCAAAUGGAGCAAGGAAGCUACUAUACUUCUGAUAAGUGGAUGACUUAAUACAUCUAAGGAUGCCAUUGUGGGGAAUGACCAAACUUCUACACAUUUCUGGGCUCGAAUCGCAGAAUACUACAACACCAACUAAAAAGGCGAGCAAGCAAGAACUGGAAAGCAAUGCAAAUAUCAUUGGAACAAGAUGAAUCAAAAGGUGGCACGUUUCAAUGGGUGUUAUAAAUGAGUUCAACAAGCACAUCACAGUGGUUGGUCUGAUGAGCAAAUUCUUGAGAAUACACAUCAAUUGUACAAAUCUGAAAAUAACAACUCAAAUUUUCUGCUUGUGGACUGUUGGAGAUUGCUAAAGGAUAAGGCGAAAUGGAAUACAAUGUACCAACCAAAAGGUGGUAAGAGGACAAAGGUGUCAGGAUCAGGGGCAUUUACUUCUUCUUCCAAUGCAGACAUCAGUGAUGAUGAAGUACGUGAAGUGCGCCCUACUGGCCAAAAGGCAGCAAAGAGAAAAGGGAAGGAGAAAAACGUGGUUUUCCAGGCAUUUGCAUGGAAAUGUCAAUUCACGCGAGGUGAUCAUGGUAGACCAACAAUCAUGCUCGAAGCAGUUGCGUUACAAGAUCUUUGGAUAUGCCAUGCAUUUUUUGGUGUUCCAGGAUCCAAUAAUGAUCUCAAUGAGUUAAAUCAAUCCCUAAUAUUCACUGAUAUCUUACAAGGGCAAGCGCCUCAAGGAGAGAAAAAAAAAUUAUUUUCCCAAUGCCAAGAAGCGGUACGCAAAGAUGUUGAGCGAGCAUUCAGAGUACUUCAAUCUUGUUUUGCUAUUGUACGAGGACCAACACCUUUUUGGCAAAGAGAUGUUCUCAAAGAUAUUAUAUAUGCAUGCAUCAUAUUGCACAACAUUAUUGUCGAGGAUGAAAGAGAUGCAUAUGAGAGUUUGUUUGAUUUUAAUUAUGAUGACGGCCCCGCCGACACCCUAAUGGUUGAAGUAUUGCAUGGACCUAUUUCUGACUUCUCGACAAUGUUUCAAAGAAAUGCUGAAAUUCGUGAUAGAAACAUUCAUUGCAAUCUUCAGGCGGACUUGGUAGAGCACAUAUGGUCAAAAUUUGGAAAUCAUUUUAAUUAA